UCAGAUGCUGCAGAGUCAUGGAAAACCAAUCCAGUAUCUCUGAAUUUUUCCUCCGAGGAUUAUCUGAGUCACCAGAGCAAGAGCAGUUACUGUUUGGAAUUUUCCUGUGUAUGUAUCUUGUCAUCUUGACUGGGAAUGUGCUCAUCAUCCGCCACACCCCCUUGUACUUCUUUCUGGCCAACCUAUCUCUUGUUGACGUAGGCUUAACAUCUUCCACAGUUACCAAGAUCCUGGCAAAUGUUCAGACUCAGCAUCACACCAUCUCCUAUGCUGGUUGCCUCACACAAAUGUAUUUCUUUCUGAUGUUUGGCGAUCUGGACAGCUUCUUCUUGGCCGUAAUGGCAUAUGACCGUUAUUCGGCCAUUUGCCGCCCUCUCCAAUACUCCAUGCUCAUGAGCCCCCGAAUCUGUACCCUGCUGCUUGCAUUAUGCUGGGUCCUCACCCACAUCAUUGCCCUGACUCACACCCUCCUCAUGGCUCGGCUCAUGAGGCUGGAGAACCAGAGUGGCAUGUCCGAGUUCCUCCUCCUGGGGCUCCCCAUCCGGCCAGAGCAGCAGGGCAUGUUCUUCACCCUAUUCCUGGGCAUGUACCUGACCACGGUGCUGGGAAACCUCCUCAUCGUCCUGCUCAUCAGGCUGGACUCUCACCUCCACACCCCCAUGUACUUCCUCCUCAGCCACUUGGCCUUCUCUGAUAUUGUGUUCUCAUCUGUCACUGUCCCGCAGAUGCUAAUGAACAUGCAGACUAAGUACAAAUCCAUUCCUUAUGCAGGGUGCAUUUCACAGACCUAUUUUUUCAUAUUCUUUGCUGAUUUAGACAGCUUCCUGAUCACUUCAAUGGCCUAUGACAGGUAUGUGGCCAUCUGUCACCCUCUGCAUUAUACCAUCAUCAUGAGUCAGAGCAUUUGUGUCAUGCUGGUGGCUGGGUCCUGGGUCAUUGCUUGUGCUUGCGCUCUUUUGCAUACUCUCCUCCUAGCUCAGCUGUCCUUCUGUGCUGACCACACUAUCCCCCACUUCUUCUGUGACCUUGCUGCCCUGCUUGAAUUGUCCUGCUCCGAUACUUCCCUCAACCAAUUGGUAAUCUUUACUGCAGGAUUAGCAGCCAUUAUGCUUCCAUUCUUAUGCAUUGUGGUUUCUUAUGGCCGUAUUGGGACCACCAUCCUCCGGGUUCCUUCUACCAAGGGCAUCUGCAAAGCCUUGUCCACUUGUGGAUCACAUCUCUCAGUGGUGACUGUCUACUAUGGGGCAAUUAUUGGCCUAUAUUUUCUUCCCUCAUCCAACAACACCAACAGCAAGAACAUAAUUGCUUCAUUGAUGUACACAGUGGUCACUCCCAUGUUGAACCCCUUCAUUUAUAGCCUGAGAAAUAAAGACAUGAAAGAGGCCUUGAGAAAACUCUUGAGUAAGAAAACAUAUUCUUUCAACUGA